AUGCUCGUACCCACUAUCGUCAAGAGCCCCAAACCCACAUCCAGACCCCCAAACCCAUAUCCAGAAACCAGAAUCAAGAAUUUGGAUGCAGAGGUAGCAAAACAGAUACCUGUCAGAACUACGGCAUGUAAAUUAAACUUGAAGCCCUGUCGUAAUGUUGAUGUUAACAAGCGAGAUACUAAGAAUACGAAACAAUCUCGAUAUGUAAAUUUUAAUAAUUUAAUUUAUGUCAAUUGUACAAAGGAACAAAAGAUUUAUUUUAUGCCUAUCAACUUUUGUCUGUUAAACACCAGAUCAAUAAGUAGGAAAGAACUUUUUAUUAAUGACCAUGUCUCUGAGAACGAUAUUGAUAUCCUGGCAAUGACUGAGACAUGGUUACGUGAGGAUGAUAACGAAUUUUUUAUUGCUGAAAUCUGCCCAACAGGGUAUCACUUUUACCACGUUACAAGGAAAAAUGCACGAGGUGGAGGAGUUGGUCUCUUACUGAAGAAAUAUAUUAAAGCCAAAAAACAAUCUGGUCCGAUGAAAUGA